CCGCAGUCUUUCACCGCGAUUUGUGGUUCCAUCCAACCAGACUGGUCGGAGGCGAAGCAGUGCGAGAUAAUCUGUCAAUAGUUAGCAAAAUGAAGAACUGUUAUCAUUUUCGAACAAUAUCAUCAUUGUUGACUGGCCCUCUGGCGCUGUCCGAUACAUUAUUUAGGGUACUGUAUGCUCGCGGCUCGCCCUACGUGUCUUAUCUUUCUUUAUUGCAAUGUGUGACUCGAGGUAGCCUUAUUGGUGUAGCGCUACACAAACUUCAAUCUGCAUGCUGGACGGAAUGACUUGCUGGUACAAACACAUUGCCCCGCAUUAGUAUUCCACGACUGUAUCUGUCGCAUCAUCACCUGCAACUACAUAACCUUGACCACGCCAUAUCUCCAUAAGCCACAAUGGCGGAUCUGAAGGCAUACAGCGUUGUGAAAUUAGGAGAUAUAUUCUACUAUGUAGACAAUCGGGUCGAAGUAUCUUCUCUGAUCGUCCACGCCAGGACGCACGACUAAUGCAAUGCAGCGCUCUCUUCCAGAGGAGUAUGACACUGGAGGCGGUAUAGUAUCUGCAGUCGCAUUCAGACUCGAAUCUUCCACUAUUUCGCCAACCUGGGUUCAGAGUGUAUUCGAUGACUUUUGUCGACGAGACGACGUAUUUCAGCAAUCCUUCACCACUCAAAGCGUGCUGAUAGCUCUCUCAAGCAAGCUCGAACAACCGACUCCUGCACUUUCACAAUCCAUGAUUGAUUAUCUAGCAUUCAAAGACAGUAAACUGAUUUUCUUGACCUUUGAUCAGGAGAACCUUGAUGAAGGUCCCUACUUUAUUCGAGGACGCACACUCCACAAAGCCUGGAAGUUGUAUGAAGAUGAAAGUCAAGCGUUCACGGUUCCAGUCAUACUGUCUGAAGAUGGCGAUGAGUACCAGUUUGAACCACUGCAUGCUGCUGCCUAUUCUGGAUUGUAUCCAGUCAUCGGGGUACCUUCUCGAUUGUACACGCGCCCUAACCCAGAUAAGCCUCUCAGCGGGGUCCGCAUUUCUGUCAAGGAUAAUUAUGAUCUGGCGGGGAUUAGAACGACGCUGGGAAGUCGCUCGUAUACUAAACUCUAUCAAGAGAAGCAACAUACCGCUGGUAUAGUGAAGCGCUUACUAGACUUAGGCGCUGUAGUCGUUGGUAAGACAAAGAUGGGGGCAUAUAAUGGGUCAGAAGUUCCUCCCGAUAAAUGCAUCGAUUACUUGGCCCCUUGGAAUCCUCGUGGUGAUGGCUAUCAGGGGCCUUCGGGGAGUUCCAGCGGUGCAGGAUCUUCAGUGGCCAGCUACGAGUGGCUUGAUGUCGCGCUUGGUACUGACAGUAAGUUUUUGUUUGAUAUUUUGCGAUGCUGCUCACGCCGGAAGGUACUGGAAGUAUACGAAUGCCUGCCGCGUCCUACGGUCUGUGGGGUCUUCGAUCCACCUGGGGUGCUUUCAACCUCGACGGAAUCGUUCCCGCUGAAUUUUGACACCCUUGGUGUGCUUUCUCGAGACCCAAAACACGUCGAGAAUAUUAUUUUGAGCAGUAACUUCUCACCCGUCACACCGCCUGUAAAGUCCUUUUUUGCAAGUUUGACAAUAGGAUUGACUGACGUUCAGAAGCAGGUGGAGGCUCAAAACCUCAUCAUGCCGACAGAUUGGUUCUCAAUGAGAAAUCCAGGUCAACAAAAAAUGAUCGACUCAUUCAUUGAGCUCCUGAGAACUCAGAAUCAAAUUGAGGUCAAACCUCUUUCUCUAGAAUCUGAGUGGGCUAAAACCGGGCCCGAGAAGCAUCGGCACUUGUCAAUCGAGAAGUUUUUAGACAAGUCAAUCUAUUGGCCCAACUACUACGACGGUUUCCACAGUCUCGACAAGUUUCGGGCAGAUUUUCGAGAGAAGUUUGGCUACCCACCAUACGCAAGCCCGUUUAUGACGAAAAGAUGGGGCCUUGCAGACGAUAUCUCCAAAGAGCAGAGAGAUCAGGGCUAUCAAGAGCUCGAGGUCUAUUACUCGUGGGUUGCUGAGCAUAUAUUGAAGAUCGACAGAGCAAACAAUAUGAUUGUUUUACCGCUUGGCCGACCAGGCGCGAACUACCGAGAUACUCUCCCAGUAUCCGAAGGUGGCGAUUUCUCGUCAUCAGCAUUCGAUCCCGUUGACUUUUGCACUGUUUUGGGACUUCCGCAACUUGUAGUUCCUAUCGGGCAAAAUCCAUACCAGUCGCGAGUAACGCAUCGAACGGAAUAUGCACCUAUUGUCGCGACAUUGGCUGGACCAAGAGGGAGCGAUUUGUCUCUUGUUCGAUUUGCAACGUCCGCGCUUGGGAAAGGUGGAUGGCCUCUGGAAGUUCUUUCGGGGCCUAAUGCGUUCCAUCACGUUGAGUAG